AUGCAUAUUUACGAAGAUGGAAAGGAGGUGGAAGAGGUUCCUAUCUAUGAGUUGACUACACAUGCUGAUAUUGUGAAAAAGAUGGAGGAAAAGGGCUUUCAACUCAAGUCUAGUCAAGAAUUAUUGAAAGAUCGUUUGCUGAAGAGUGAUUUAGCAAACUUGGAAGCGUCUUCCUUGGCUGGAAAAUCUACUCUCUAUAUGGUCGCUGGAACAAUCGGGAUAGUCAUUCUUUUCCUAGUCGUUCGUGGUAAAACGAAGGCAAGGAAAUUGAGACUUGUCCGAUAG